GCCACAGACCCCACAGUACAUGCAGCAGCAGCCACCUACGGAGUACCCCGUAUAAUAUUCUGAUUCGCAUUAGGUCGAAUAACAUCUCUGCCCUCGUCCUCCUCUCAUCCACUGCUCGCAGUUCUACGAGAACCAAGGCGAGUCCAUCGCAGAGGAUAUUGCGUUGAAAGAGAAUGGCUGAAAUGCAUCAAUAUCCCACUGUUUCCCAGAAGCUAGCUUACCAGCUCCAUUUUAGCUCAAAUACUUAUCAAGAUCGUCAAGCCCUUUGUGGUGGCAUGCAAAGCCCUGUUCUCAAUCAGAGGCGUUUAGCCUAUGGAAACCAUAGCACUAAUAGAUUUCAGUACUCAAUGAGUCCGCCAUGCAAAACAACCCAAGAUCUGUCAUUAAUCACUUCAAAUGCUUCUCCAGUGUUUGUUCAGGCUCCCGCUGAAAAGGGAUUCACUAGCUUUGCUAUUGAUUUCCUCAUGGGUGGAGUUUCGGCUGCUGUGUCAAAGACCGCUGCCGCACCAAUCGAGCGAGUGAAGCUUUUGAUUCAAAACCAGGAUGAGAUGAUUAAGUCUGGAAGACUGUCUGAACCUUACAAGGGGAUUGGUGAAUGUUUCAGUCGAACUAUUAAGGAUGAAGGGUUUGCCUCACUGUGGAGAGGGAACACUGCGAAUGUCAUCCGUUACUUCCCCACUCAGGCCUUGAACUUUGCAUUUAAAGAUUAUUUCAAGAGGCUUUUCAACUUCAAGAAAGACCGUGAUGGCUACUGGAAAUGGUUUGCCGGAAACCUUGCAUCAGGUGGUGCUGCCGGUGCUUCCUCAUUACUAUUUGUUUACUCCCUGGACUAUGCCCGUACCCGUCUGGCAAAUGAUGCCAAGGCUGCUAAGAAGGGAGGUGAGAGGCAGUUUAAUGGUUUGGUUGAUGUCUACAAAAAGACACUUGCUUCUGAUGGUGUUGCUGGACUUUACCGUGGAUUCAACAUUUCAUGUGUUGGUAUCAUUGUGUAUCGUGGUUUGUACUUUGGAUUGUACGACUCGAUUAAGCCUGUUGUCUUGACUGGAAAGCUAGAGGAUAGCUUCUUUGCUAGCUUUGCUCUUGGAUGGCUCAUCACAAAUGGUGCUGGUCUUGCAUCGUACCCAAUUGACACAGUCCGGAGAAGGAUGAUGAUGACAUCCGGUGAGGCCGUCAAGUAUAAGAGCUCGCUUGAUGCAUUUUCUCAGAUUCUCAAGAAUGAAGGUGCCAAAUCCCUCUUCAAGGGAGCUGGUGCAAACAUCCUCCGUGCCGUUGCUGGUGCUGGUGUGUUGGCCGGUUACGACAAGCUUCAGUUAAUUGUUUUUGGAAAGAAGUAUGGGUCUGGCGGCGCAUAAGUGGUCCACCUCUUUAUUUGGCAGCAUAGUAGUUUGUUAUAUGGUGACGAAAAAUAUCAGUGUCACAGGUUUAGAAGAAUUCAUUCUGGAUUUGAAUAAUGUGACUUUGAGGGUUUGUCUGAAAUAACCAAAACGUUCACUCCACCGCCCUUCUGGUGAGGGAUAUGGUAUUUUAUUUUGCAAUUUGCGAUACUUUUUAGUGCAAAAUUUUCUUACUCGUAACUUUAUGCUUUUUAUUUAUUUGGGAUUAUCAGUUCUGUGCAAGCUAUUAAUGUUUUUGUUGUUGAAAAAGCGCACUUCAUUAUUUUUGGGUGGUUGCCUUGUUUUGUUAUGCAUAUUUUUUGGUUUCGGAGCUGGCCACCAUGUUAUCUGUAAGUUACCGUGUGCAUGGUACAGCUGUUUUUAGUCCAGUUGUAAAACCCACCACGGUUCGUCUUGUUCUAUCUGUUGCUAUUUCCUUAGGCUGGUCAAUUCGUUAACUUGAUGUUAAGAAUGCAUUCCUUCAUGGUUUUACAGAUUUAGUGGUUUCCUAUUUACUCAUGGUUUUACUCAGAGUAAGUCUGAUUCUUCCAUGUUUAUCUACCGUUCUUAGUUGCAUGUUGUAUACAUUCUUUUGUAUGUUGAUG